AUGUUGAUAAUUGAAACGUGCUCCAUCUAUGCUGGCUGGCGGUCUUCAGAGCUUUUUAUCGAUCCCAAGACAGACCAAUACAUUCAUUCUCCAGAUCUCACGAAUCCUACCAAAGACAUGGACGACUGGACUAGCGCAAUCAACGAAUCGAGAGAAUACCCUAUGCGAAAUGUCCAGAUAGACAUUGAUUGGGCAAAUUUCGCUUUACCACCAUACUACACAAUACUAUCCAUUGCGCUAUCAUCUACCGAGUCUCAAGCAAUACCAUUGGGUUUAACAGUCAGCAGCCUCAUACCGGACGCGAUGUCAAGAAUCCGUCGGCCCAGCGAGAUUUCGAUACCGUUGAUCGCAGCUGAGGCAUCGGAGCAAAAACUUGAUCACGAGAGAUAUCCAUACAUCACCGUCAACCGAUUUCGAUAUGGCUAUAGCUAUUCUCUUCGAGGAGUCACUAGAUGGCUUGCUUUAUCCAUUCUCCUCUUACAUAUCUUUCUCGCAUUGGCGCAUACGGUGAUUAUCACACUCAUGGGAUGGACUAGUAAAAUACUGAACUCUCGAUGCGAAAUUCUUGUUCUUGCCAUCAACUCGUCGCCAUCUAUGGGACUGGACAAUACAUGUGUAGGUAUCAACCGGCUCGAUACAUACAAGCAGAUAGUAAAAGUUAGGGAAACCACAUUCGAGCACUUAGGCUUGGUGAUGAAUGGAGAGGAGGAUAAGCAUACUGAGAAGAUGGUGAUAGACAAGGAGUAUGGAAGUCGAGAACAAAAGGAAACUUUUCAUUGUAAAGAAGAUUGA